AUCAUGCAAAUAUAUUAAUUAAGCCAUCAAUUUGGUCUUGUUUGCAAGUGAAAAUUGGUCGUGCUAUAUAAAGGAACCGAAGGUUAAUGUCACUUUUAGUCUCUUAUCCCUUAUUUCCCUGGUCUUUUCUUAUCUCUCUUGGUGGAAAGUUUCUUUAUGAAAUUCUAACUGUGAAUCGAAAUAAUUAUAUAAAAAAGCAACUCUUUGCAUUUAAAAGAGUGUUUUUGCAACUCCCCAAUCGUUUUUUUAAUCCCUUUUGUCCUGUUAUCAAUUUACUUUUGGAAUCUUUUUUCUUUCUCAUCAUUUCCAUAGUCAUUUUCUAAUCUCUGUUCUACUUUCAAUAUCCCCUUACCACCACCAGCCCUUUCUCUCCCCACUUUUUCUCCGAAAGGAAAAAAGGGAAAUUCUCAUAGCACUUAAAAGGGGUAUUUCUUCCAGACGUCUAGUCUGUUAGAUGUUCACACUUGAAAAGCCUUUAUCAAUUUAAAAUUUCUUAAUCCUCAAUUAGGAGGGAAAAAGAGAGAAAAUUUAACUUAAAAGACACCAAAAUCCAAGGUGUAUGAGAAGAACGACAAAGAUUAUUUAACACUACAGUGAGAAAUGAGAAUCCAAGUCUUAAUUGGCACUACAACCAAGUUGACAGGAUUGAAACUCGAAAGUGUACUCAUUUGAAGUCACAUGGGAUAUGUUUGUUCUUUCUAAUUUAAAUAUUUACUACUUCAAAGAGUGUCUUUGUUGAUUGAAACUAUUGAAGCUGUGUCCCAAAAUAAGUAAAAAAAUAAAAUAAAAGCGGGUUCUCAAAGACAAAGGCUCUUUCGAAAUUGAAACAACCGUCGAACAGUUUUGCAUGAUGACAAUCAAAUCAUGGUAUAUAGUAGCCAAAACACUCCCCAAGAAUCAUUACUACUUCACCUUUUAUUUUUUCACUUCUUUUGUUGGUUUUUUGGUAUUUUGUUCGUUGGAAGGAAUCAUUUUCCCUAUGCUUGCACUGCAUGCAAGCCAAAAAGUAGAACUCACCUAGUCCAACCAAGAGUAGAUUUUGUAUUGGGGGACGCUAAGUAAUUUAACUUUUUGGAUUCUGCUUAUGCGUCUAUUUUCUUACCGACUCUACUAACCCCUUUUGGCAUCGCAUAUUCCUUCCUAUUCUUCUUCUACUUUUAUUAUUCACACAACACAGUAUCUUUUAUAAAUAAUUAUAUAUAUAUAAAUAACUCCCACACAAAUCUUCCUCUUACUCCACUCUCUCUCUCUCUCUCUCUCUCUCUCUCUCUCUCUCUCUCUCUCUCUCAAUAUGUUAUCAAGAAGUAAUUCCCAUGAGCCCAGUAGAGAAUACACAGAAGAAAAAUCAUUCCUUUAUCACAAGCAAAAUUCUGGUAGGAGAUCAUCAGUUGGGGGAGGAAGUAAGAGGUUUGGAAAUUGUUGUGGGUAUAGUAAUAGUACUAAUAGUAAUAAUAAUAAUAAUCGAUUCCAGCUUCCAAAAGGCCAAUCUUCCUUCUUGGCUCCGUUUCGAUUACUGAAGCAUUUUGCUGGAGAGGUUGCUAGAGUUUUAUGCAUGGUGUCUGGGACCAGAAGAAAAUCAUCAUCAUCAUCAUCAUCAUCAACCUCAAGAAAAAACUCUUCUUCUGCAAGAUCAAAACCUUUUGUGGCUCCACUUGAUUCUCAUAGAAUGGAAGCUAUUGAGGAUUGUAUUCAGUUUAUCAAUUCUUCUUGUACUUUGUCAAGAUCAAACUCCACCGCUACUUAAUCUAAUGUCUUUUUAGAAUUUUGUUAUUAUAUGAAAGAUCAGAGUACAUGGAUUUUUUUUUUUUUUUUCAUUUUCUUUUUUCAGAUCAGUCAUAGCUCAAUCCAGAUCUGUUUCUUAUAGAGAUAUGAAAUUUCCAUUAUAUACUUUUAAACCAAAUGUGCUAUGUUUAUAUGCAUAAGAUCUCCCUGUUUCUUAUAGAGAUAUGAAACUUCCAUA